AUCUAAUGCCGAAGUUGGCCUAAUCGGCGAAUCCCGUGCGCCCCGCAGACGGACUCAGCACAGAAGCGGGGCUCUGUCCAACGCAACAUGAUUGCAUGCACGGUUCUGCUGGCAUUGUUGCCUGUCGCUGGCGUAUUUGGAUUCUCAAACACAGUACCAUUCGUUGCGUGGUCGUCGAAAAGGUAUGAUGCAUAUAUUGCUACCGUUAUUGACAGUCAAUCAACCAGAACGCGCAGCUCGAAUGUACUUUCACCUAUUUCACCCAGUACGCACCCAGACCACGGCGCGUUACUCGAAAGCAUAACGCAAGACGAAAAUAUUUGCUCGUUCGAUGCCAUUUUCGUGAUUGACCAUCCAGGUUUACACAAUUCAGACCUCCGGGAUUUGCAUCCAUCGUGCGGCGUCGCAACCGCUCUCAAGAAUGCACCGUCCUCUCGACAGUUCCCUCACGUCGAGCAGAGGAUCGUGUCUCCGGAUCCAGAUUCGUUCUCGGAACGAGUCGCGAACCAAUGCGACUUUGCGUUGGUAGAUAUCAAGCCCGAGUCUGGCGUAUGGACACUCGAUGGAAAUAAGAAGCACAUCUUGACGAUGUCGAUGCCUCCACUCGGAGGCCCCGCCACGCACCGGAAAAUUGUUAUGUCUCAACACGAACAACUCAUCUCUGGAGCUUUGGAGAAGCUUGCUGUUCUAUCACCCAACCACCUGGUCCUCUAUUCGGGGGCCCCACUUCCAGCAGAGAAACGCCAGCUAUCCGAAUUUGAUCCAGAUUUUGACGAAGAUGGCGAUGACCCAGUAUUCCAAGCAAACGUCAUAGCUGCCGCUCCAGCAGACGGAAGCAUUCUCCAGCGAUACCAGCUCCUAACACCUGCGCUCAUCAUGUCACUACUGCUCGUCUUCGUCAUUUUAAUACCGAUUGUGGUGCUUGGUAUUACAGCGCUUGCCAGUAUUCAAUCACCUCUGCGUACUGAGGCACCCGCAAGCUAUAGUGCUCACGAAAAGAAGGUCCAGUAAUACGUGGCUGUUGUACAUUGCGUAACAUUCUAUGGCGCUACCAUUAAUUACAAUCUCUGAUAACAGAAAGGGAGGUAUCAAUGCACAAUGGUUUUACACGUAAG